AUGCCUGGCAUUGACGCAGCAGUUAUCGCCGAUGAUACCAGAAUCUUGGGUCAGGAUCCUUUGAUCCCCCCGGCUCUGCUCAUCUCCGAGAUCCCCAUGACUCCCACUGCUCUCGAGACCGUCGUCAAGGGCCGGAGAGAAGCUGCCAAUAUUGUCAUGGGCCAGAACGACAGACUACUAGUCGUCGUCGGACCUUGCUCCAUCCACGAUCCCGAAGCUGCCCACGAGUACGCUGGCCGUCUCAAGCAGCUGUCCGACAAGCUCUCCGACGAUCUCUGCAUCGUGAUGCGCGCCUACUUGGAGAAGCCUCGCACGACCGUCGGCUGGAAAGGCCUGAUCAACGACCCCGAUAUCGACUCAUCCUUCCAGAUCAACAAGGGCCUGCGCGUUUCCCGCAAGCUCUUUGUUGACCUGACCUCCAACGGCAUGCCCAUAGCCACCGAGAUGCUCGACACAAUCUCUCCCCAGUUCCUUGCGGACUGCAUCUCUGUCGGUGCCAUUGGUGCGCGAACAACUGAAUCCCAGCUUCACCGUGAGCUUGCUUCUGGCCUUUCCUUCCCCGUGGGCUUCAAGAACGGAACGGACGGUAGCCUUGGCGUCGCCAUUGAUGCAAUCGGCGCUGCCGCCGCCAAGCACCACUUCAUGGGUGUCACAAAACAGGGCCUUGCUGCUAUUACUCGCACCAAGGGCAACGAGCACGGUUUCGUCAUCCUGAGAGGCGGAAGCAAGGGCCCCAACUUCGACAAGGAGAGCGUUCAGGCGGCCAAGAAGAUGCUGACUGAAAAGGGCCAGAAGCUGGCCAUCAUGAUUGACUGCUCCCACGGCAACUCCCAGAAGAACCACAACAACCAGCCCAAGGUUGCACAGACCAUUGCUGAACAGCUGCGCGAGGGUGAGCGAUCCAUUGUUGGCGUCAUGAUCGAGUCCAACAUAAAUGAGGGCAACCAGAAGGUUCCCGCCGAGGGCCCCGCUGCCCUCAAGCGCGGUGUCAGCAUUACUGACGCAUGCAUCGACUGGGAGAACACAGUCACGGUUCUUGAGGACCUUGCCUCUGCCGUCCGCGCUCGCCGUGAGAUCAACUCGGGUACUCCCAGCACAGAGGCCAAGGUGAGCACCUUGGAGGAGGAUUAA